AUGAAAGGUGAAAGGAAAAACGUUUUGAUAAACUUUGCAUUUACCAAUGGGGUGCUAGCUGUAUUUUGUUUCACUAUUUUCGUCCUGUUUUGGGGUAUUAACUAUAGGAUUACAGAUAAAUAUCAUAGAGUACAAAUACUAGCAGUCAUUCAAGACGAGGGAAUCAAUAAUUCCACGGUCCUGCCAAUGGCUUCCAUUCUACCAACUUUGAUGCAAGAAAAUCCAGCAACAUGGCAUCUUUAUAAUACAACAAGUUUUAAUGAAAAAUUUGGUACCAAUAGCACAGAAGCCAUUGAUAAAGAAGUUAUUCAUGAAGUGUUUUCUGAACAUUACUGGAUGGCUUUAAAUGUGAAACCUAAUGCAACUCAAGCACUUUUUGAGACUUUUAUAAAUCCCAAUGGUCCACCAUUUAAUUCAACAGAAUACUUUCAAGCAGUGUUCCUUAGUGCUCGUGAUCCAUCUAACUUUAGAGUUACUUUAUUACCACUGAUAGAAUUUUUGGAAACCGCAUACAGAAAUUAUUACAUAAAUACUUAUUUCCCUCAGUUCAUGUCCAAUGUUUCCAUUGCUAAUAAUUUAACGACGGUAAAUGUGACCAAUAUUGCCCUCGCUGGAGCAAUGAAUUUUGAUUAUUUCGAUUAUAGACCAUUCACUGAGCGUGAAUUAAUUGCACCAGUCAUGAUCGGGGUCGCAUACUGUCUAUUAUUGACAUUUUUCCAAUUUUUAGUCUAUUCAGGAUUACAUGCCGAAACUUCAAGAUUAUUGAAACCAAAUCAAGUCAUAUAUUAUAGAAUUAUCAUGCUUUGGUGUACAAUGUUUAUUGCUUCAUUAUUCUUCUGUACCACUUCGGCCAUUUUCCAAGUGGAUUUCACAAGAGCAUUCGGUAAAGGUGGCUUUGUAGUAUAUUGGAUGACCACGUGGUUAUUCAUGGUAGCAUGUGGUGGUACUAAUGAAAAUGCAGUCAGUCUGCUUUUCUUAAUGGGACCUAGAUUCCUUGGUAUUUGGAUCUUAUCCUUCAUUAUUCUUAAUAUUACUCCAACUUUUUAUCCAUUAAUUUUGGCUAACCCUGUAUAUCGUUAUGGGUACAUGAUGCCUGUCCAUAAUGCAAUUGACAUUUACAGAGUUAUCUUCCUAGAUCUUUCGAAACAUAAGAUGGGGAGAAAUUUUGGGCUACUAAUCGCUUGGAUCGCAAUGAACACGGCGGCUCUUCCAUUUGUCUAUAAGUUUGUCAGUAAAAUCUUAACAAAUAGAGUCGUUGAAGAAGCACAGGCUAAGGCUAAGCAGGAAGCUUUGAAGGAAGCCAAAAGGAGAGCUCAUUCCGUGGCUGCAGGGAAGAAUCUGGAUGAAUAA